UCUUGCACAGGUGUACCGCUCCUCCCCUUCGGUCUUGCACAGGUGUACCGGCUCCUUCCCUUCAGUCUUGCACAGGUGUACCGGUUCCUCCCUUUCGGUCUUGCACAGGUGUACCGGCUCUUCCCUCCAGUCUUGCACAGGUGUACUGGCUCCUCCCCUUCAGUCUGGCACAGGUGUACCGGCUCCUCCCCUUCAGUCUUGCACAGGUGUACCUGCUCCUUCCCUUUAGUCUUGCACAGGUAUACCGGCUCCUCCCCUUCGGUCUUGCACAGGUGUACCGGCUCCUCCCCUCCAAUCUUGCACAGGUGUACCGGCUCCUCCCCCACCAGUCUUGCACAGUUUGUACUGGCUCCUGUCCCUUCAGUAUUGCACAGGUGUAGCAGCUCCUCCCCUUCAGUCUUGUACAGGUGUACUGGCUCCUUCCCUUCAGUCUUGCACAGGUGUACCGGCUCCUCC